AUAAUGACGUGUCAGGCGGAAUGAGCCCCUUGUGUCGCGCUGAAGCUCCCUAAGAAGGCUUCACUGGGGGCUAAAGGAUGUUGAAGCAACCAUCAUGGGCCACGCCCUGUGCACCUGCUCCAGGGGAACCAUCACUAUCAAUAACAAACGUUAUCUUUUAAUCCAUAGGCUUGGGGAGGGUGGUUUUAGCUAUGUGGACCUUAUAGAAGGGUUACACGAUGGGCAUUUCUAUGCACUUAAACGCAUCAUGUGCCAUGACAAAGAUGAUCGUCAGGAGGCCAUGCAUGAAGUGGAGAUGCACUUGCUCUUUGACCAUCCCAACAUCCUGCCCCUGUGUGCGCAUGCGGUGGUGGAGAGGGGAUCCAAACAUGAGGCCUGGCUCCUGUUGCCCUUCUGUAAGAGAGGGACCCUUUGGCAAGAAGUUGAAGUUCUGAGAGAUAACGGUGUCUUCAUGCCUGAGGAGCGAAUCCUUGCCAUCCUUCACGGUAUCUGCCGGGGCCUGCAGGCCAUCCAUAACAAGGGCUAUGCACACAGAGAUCUGAAACCUACAAAUGUGCUACUGGAUGACGAUGACCAACCAUUGCUGAUGGACCUGGGUUCCAUGAAUCAGGCACGCAUUGAGGUGCAGAAUUCUCGGGAGGCCAUGGCUAUUCAGGACUGGGCUGCCCAGCGUUGCACCAUCUCAUACCGAGCACCAGAGCUGUUCACUGUUGAGCGUGAAUGCGUUAUUGAUGAACGUACUGACAUCUGGUCCUUAGGCUGUGUUCUGUACUGCAUGAUGUUUGGCGAGGGGCCUUACGACAUGAUCUUCCAAAAGGGUGACAGUGUGGCCUUGGCUGUGCAAAACCGCAUCACUGUGCCCCAGAACACCAGGUUUCAGGUACUCGCCUGCCUUGGAACAUCUACUCUCUUCUACAAUGGUGGUAAACCCCCAGGAGCGUCCAUACAUUGCUAAUGUCAUCAGUCAGCUUGAGGAGAUACAGCCAGCUCCCCCUGGACAGGACACCACACACAUCUAAGACCACAGAAUGGGUGGUGAAGACGGACAGCAGGAAAGCUGCUUCUUGAAAGGACUCGAUAAAGCCCGUGUGUUUGUGCUGCUCCAGGUUGGGAGCAGGGGAAUCUGUCUUGUCCCGGCUUCCAUCCUUCAGGAACUCCCUACAGUGGAACCACCUCCGCUCUUGGACCUUAUGGUACUGCUUGCGACUUGCUUGGAUCUCUCUGUCAUGGUUGCCUUGGCACGCAUCCCAAGUAUUUUACAAUGUCAUGGCUGCUUAGUUUGUAUUUGGAAUCUGCCUAUGUAAAGAUUGCUGGGGUAUAUUAGGGCUCUGGCAGCAGCAAUGGAAAGGGGGUGGGGAGAAGAUAUGCAGCAUGUAUUUUUUAAUUCCAGUACAGUACCUGAUGGGCUACUGAGGAAGGGCUGGUGCCCUAUUCCUGUAGGCAUAGGCAAGCCCUCAAUGCCUCUGUACUGAAUAAAGUCUUCAGAACACAGCUAUGUUAACUCAUUGUCUGAACAAGAUCAAGGAACAGCAGCCUACAGUUGGGCAGAGAGAAACAAUACA